AUGACCCUCUUAGCGAUUGCGGCGCCGCACAUUGCAACGGCUGCGCGGCUUUUCUUUACCUUUUACUCCACUGCCUCGGGUCCGUUCGCUGGGCUCGUUCUCCUGGCCAUCUCCUCGCCCUGGGUCAACGCAAAGGGCGCAGCUUGGGGCACCGUGCUGGUCUGCGUCCUGCAGUUGUGGCACGCCAUAGGAAGGAGUCUGUCGUCGGUUGCACCACCUCGCCUCAUCACCAGAAGCUUGGAGCGAUGCCCGCCCCUAACAAAUGCCUCUUCUGAAGCGAGAAAACAUACAUUGUUGCCGCCUGAAAGGGACACGGCCUGUGAAAGGAAUCAUUUGCUCAUCUAUAUUAUUGUGCUCCAAGGGUUCCAGCUGCAAGCAUCGUGA